AUGAAUGACACCGCGAAUAUCAUCGAAUUGGAACGACUAUGGCAGCGGGUCCAAUUAUUCGAGGUGGGCACCAGCAAGGCCAAAACCGUCUUUGGCUUACCGCUUCAAUCGGUCAUUUUAAUUGACCGGAAACGCCCAUACAAAUAUGUGAUUCUUGUGGGUGGAUUCGGUAACACUCUGGAAGCGCAGAAAGCAAAUGAGCGCAAUACAUGCAUCGGUGACAUUAUACGCAUUGGUCGUGAUAUUAUUGCUCAAAAUAGCUUGCCCCGGCAGCUUUGCUACAAUCCUAACCACCACUUCCAGGAAAAUAACAUGCCCCAGCUCACCGAGGAACCAUUUCGGACUGGUUGGCACUGUCGGUAUAUUCAGGAGGGAUCUGUUCAAGCUGGGGAUGAGAUCGUUCUGGUGGAACGCAUGCAACACCAUCUCUAUACUGAAUUGGAGAAUAUGGACAUGAUGAAGCAAUUGACCGACCUGGACUCUUUGGGGAAGGAGGUCCGAACCAAUUUUUUAGAAUCGACUGGGAAGGACAAGGAAGGAGAUACACCUACCGUAACUCCCUUUGUUUUUGAAGCAUUGGACCCGGGGCAGUCUCCCCAAGAAGUCCAGCCCGACAUUCAUGUACGAGCAGCUGAGUCCAAACGUGACAUCCACACCAAGGAACUGGACAGGCGAUCCAAGAAAGCGCUGCAGGAUACUGAUAGCAGUGCCCCUAUCUACUGGUGCUUCGGAGAGCGUCUGAUGAAAGCAUUGCGCGACACCAAGAGAAGCUCCGGUUUCCCAAACAAAAAUCUACGCUCUGGAUCUUUUCAGGCCAGCACAACGGGCGAUCCAUCCAUAGACGAAUUGGCUGAGUCCUGGCAAAAAGCGGAUGUGAGGGAUGGAGCCAGUCUAUUAGAUGCUCGAUUCACCGGGUUAUUCGACAAUGGAAAGACACUGCUAUGCUCAAGUAUGUCUCACGGGAGAUGGGACAUCGUCUUGUAUCUAUAA